UUCAUGUUUCAGAGUCUCAGUUUAGAAUUGCUUGUCCGAGAGAAUUAUUACUACCAAGGAAGCUUAUUCAUCGUAUACCUUUUCUUCUUCAACUACUAGGCAAGAAGAAGUGGCUCAUUCAUCACUUCAUUCAGUGCGUAGGCCAUCAAUGAAGCCAUCAAAGAAGCCAAUAGCGCCACAGCCUCCAACAGCACCGAGAGUUUACAAGGUAGAACCUGUAAACUUCCGGAACUUGGUUCAGAAGCUGACUGGUGCGCCAAAGUUCAGGUCUCAGCCCCAGCGUCUGCGUAGUGUGGCGCCUCCUCCGGUUACAGUUACCUCUUCAUCACCCUUGUUUGGGAGUGAUAUUGCAGUAUCACCAUUGCAGUUCUUUCCUUCCUCUUUAGAGACAAAAUCCCAGAUGUGGUCACCGUCCUCUAAUGAUUGGUUUUCCUUCCCCGUUCUGAGUCCAGGAGCACUUUCCAGCUUGGAACAGAGCACCGUGCCAUAAUUAAUUAAGUUGUAUUUCAAACCAGAUAUCAAUUUUCCAUUUGUCCUGCUUCCUUUUUUUUUUUUCCUUUUCGUUAGCUGCAAUAACAACGUUCUUUCCUUUCUUUGUUAUCACAAAUAAAGGAAAGUAAUUGAUUUACUGAUCUUUUAACUUUGUUCAUCAGUCAUUACAUCUGUAUCAUCACCUUAAUAUCCAUGAAAUUAAUCAAAAUAAUAUAGAUAACUUUUAAUU